AUGUCCUUUGAAGAGUUACUCUACUAUGCUCACCAAGAACUGAUCGGCCGCUUUCCAUUCCUCGACAUACCAUGGGGCGCAUAUUUCGAACUCACGCGCAUCGGUGACCCCAUUGGAGCUGUGAUGGCCGUUCUACUCUACAGCGUUGGGUUGAUAUUUUCCGCGAGCCUUGCAAUGCCCCCUUUACAACCGAAAGAGUUUCUGCCACAAGCUUGUCGAGCUGUUCUAUGGGUAUACUACAUGCGACACGCUUUCUGCGCUUUCAAAGAUGCCGUUGACUACGAAUACGAUCGACACGUCUUCCGCCGCAGCUCGCGACCUGUUGCGCGCGGAGCUCUGACGCCAGACGAAGCCUUCAACUUUAGUAGUGUUUUGCUGCUUCAUGGGACAUUGGGUCUUUUCUAUCUACCCGCAGAAUCUCACGGACUUGGAGUCAUUGUUACACUGAUUAUGAUGAUAUACCCAUUCGGCAAGCGAUUCACGGCUUUUCCCCAACUCAUCAUGGGGUUCGGAUUCUCAAUGAGUGUGUUCAUGGCCCUGAAAGUCAUCGGAGUCAACCCCUCAUCAGGCUCGAAAGAUUUCUGGUCUGCAAUUUACCUCGCCAUAGUCCUCAUGCUCCUUGCCACAAUCGCCAAUGUGGUAUACACAUACCCAGAUGCGCGAGACGAUGCUAAAGUCGGAGGUAAAUCCAUGGCUUUGAUCAUGUCAAAUCGACCAAAGACGUGGCUAUGGGCAAUGACUGCUAUAGUUGAGAUUUUACUGUGGAAGAUUGGGAAUCUGAGUGACUACUCUAUUUUUUACAACAUCAUUAGUUGCGGCGGUUCAUCUUUUGCGCUCUCAACUAUGUUGGCGCUUGUGGAUUUGAGGGUUAUUGCGGAUUGCGAAUGGUGGUUUAAACGUGGUAUGAUGGGAGGUGUGUUCCUUCUUUUCUGGGGCCUGUACAUGGACGAUGGGUCCUUUCUACGUUUCCGGGUCGCGAAGAGUCGACGACAGCCGCUCGUAAUUCCGGAGGAGAGUGUAGCCCCUAAUAAGAAACCGCGACUGGAUAUAGAGGGGAAUGUCAAAGAAUCUGCGGCUGUUGCUGAUGCGACAUGCGUCGAUGCCGGCUAUAUCUGCUCGUGGCCGCCGGAGCGAGACCAAUCAGCAGAAAUUCGAGAGUUGCGCAAGGAAGUCGAAGUGUUAUCGCGAUAUGUCCAGGGUCACAUGUCGAAUCAGCAGCAGAGGCAAGCAGAAGAGGGUGAUCAGUCAAAGAACGAUGGAAUUUCAAUAUCGCCAUUCUUCCCCGUCAACGGGGUUAACGAUAUGUCGCAGCAUACAAAAUUCAGUUUACCGGCCAUCAAGAAUCUUUUUCCGGACAUUGAUGAGGAAUGCUUACCGAGGAUAAUGUUACCAAAUAGUACAUCGGAUGCCAGUGUUACCGUCAGAGAUACUACUCCGUCGACAAAAAGUCAUCAACGUAUCGGAUCGACAGCCAGAAAAGUCCCUUAUGAAGUAGAUAUGAAGGUAUUCAUCAAGGCAUAUUUCGACCAUGUGCACAAAUCAUCGCCCUUUUUAAACAAAAUCAAGACCAUGGAAGAGGUCGACCUGGUACUGAGGCAGUCUCGGAAUGCCAAUGGUCGUCAUGUUUCGACAAAGUUAUACAUGUUAGCUGCAAUCGGUGGUGCAGCUCUAAAACAUGCAAACAAGAUCCGACCGGAGAUUGUCGCAAAGCUUGUUGUGCCGUACGAAAGCAUAAUCUGUGAGUGCCUGGAGAUGGCGAACGUCGGCUCAAUUGAGAUCUUAUUGUUGCUGGCUCUGUAUUCUCUAUACGACCCAGACGGACUGAAUCCCUGGGUUUUGACUGGUAUACUCGGCAGACAAAUCAUAUCGCUUGGCCUCCAUCGCAGAACCCUUCGCCCAGAAAAAAGUGGCCUUACAGCCGAGGAAACAGAACUCUGUGCACGGCUAUUCUGGAGCAGUUUUGAGCUUGACAGAGUGGUUGCGUCUUCCUAUGGACUACCUGUGGCAAUCAACGAUGAGAACAUUGACAUACCUCUCCCCGGCGUGACGUUGGAAGAAUUUGCGGCGUCGGAUUUACGAUAUUACAAGGAGACUCUGCAAGUAUCUCGGAGUGUGGUUGCCCUACGAGAGUUGGAAGGCAGAAUACUUCAACGUAUCCAUCUAUCGAACUCAGCCUCGGAUGCUGCUUUGAGCAGGUCGGAUUGCGAUAUUAUCAUCAAAGACCUACGUCUACAGAUUGACAACUGUUCGCUCAUUUUACUUUAUACGCCCUCUCUGUUCAACUCCAAGGCUUCCCGUAAACAACUUGUCAAGCUCAGACGUACGAUCCAGCAGUAUGUUCGCUGCGCUCUGGUGUUAUUGGAACAGGGCCAUUUGUCAUUCAAUCGGAUAACAGUUGGUCGAUUACUAGUCAUUGCGGCUAUAAUGCUCUUUUGUUUGCAACGGCAGAAGGGUGUGAUUCCCGACGAUGAUUUCAAGACUACGGAAGAAGUCUCCAUGUGCCUUCGAAUACUGGAUGCAUUUCCAUCAAACUGGAUACUAGCACAGCGGGUAUCUAUCAUUUUCUGGCGACUACACAAAGUAUCCUCCGAUAGAGAGGUACAGCACCAUCGGACUCAGCAGCGCUCUUUCCAGUCUUCAAUUUCUUCCUCGGCCUCUUAUAAUAUUUUAUCGCCGGCUUCAACGCUUCCUUCAGAUCUACCAUCCCCGACUCUAUCACCUCUUUCAGCAAGGAUGAGAAAUAGCAUUCAGUCUAUCACCUCCGCUCACUGCAUGAAAACUCUGACCAAUGAUCUUUCGACGACGCUAUCGGAGACUUUUGGUCCGUCGAGCGCUUUUAAUAAAAUCAUUGAUCUGAUCGAUGAUAAUGAGCCAUUCUCGGAGGAAUAUCGCUGGGAUAAUAGUGUUGUGAUCAUAGUUGGAGCCGGGAUUGGUGGCAUCGCAGCUUCUAUUCUUAUCUCGAAUAAAGUGCCGAAUGUGGAAUAUGUUGUGUAUGAGAAGAAUGAUAAUGUGGGAGGUACAUGGACGCAGAAUCGCUAUCCUGGAGUGCGGUGUGAUGUUCCCAGUCAUGCUUAUCAACUAACAUUUGCACCCAACCCUCGCUGGUCCGAAUAUUAUGCUAGCGGCGCAGAGAUCCGUUCUUAUUAUGAAGAUGUCGUUGAUAAAUAUGGCGUGAGACCUCAUCUGCGUCUUCGACAUCAAGUGACACGUGCAACAUGGGUUGACGAGACAUCCCAAUGGUCCGUUGACGUUCUCAACCUAGCCACGGGUGAAACGUUUACCGAAACAGCGCACUUUUUUGUGUCGGCGGCUGGACGGUUGAAUGUUCCCAAGAUGCCGGACGAGAAACAGAUACCUGGCAUCCGAACAGAAUUCAAAGGUCAUUACCGCCAUACGGCAGACUGGGAUACAAGCUACGAAUGGAAAGGCAAAAGAAUUGCUAUAAUCGGUAAUGGCGCAAGUGGGCAACAGUUAUUGUCGAAUACAGUCAAGGAUGCAGGGCAUAUUGAUCACUACGUCCGUUCCAAACAGUGGAUUCUGCCGGCAUUCUCAACAAAGCUACCCACCGCAACUGCAGAUGCACCUGGUGGACAUGUCUUUUCGGAAGAUGAAAAAACGAGAUUUGAGCAGGAUGAGAAGGCAUAUUUGGCUUUCAGGCAAGAGCUUGAAAGCAACCUUCAUGGAGGAUUGAGACAUUUCGUCACGGGGAGCGCAGAGAACGAGAGUUUACGAGAAAAAUGCACAGAAACAAUGCUUAGCAGAUUAAAUGGUGACAAGAAAUGGUUCGAGCGACUCAAACCAGAUUAUGCGCCCGGUUGUAAAAGACUCACUCCCUCGCCUGGAUAUUUGGAAGCAGUCACCAGCCCUAAAGUCGAAUAUAUUGAUCAGCUGAUUGUGUGUGCCACAAGCGACGGGUUGGUUACGGCUGAUGGUAAGGUACGACAGGUGGACGCGAUUUUUGCCGCUACGGGGUUUCAGAAUGGCUUCUUGCCCUGGUUUCCGACCAUUGGAAAGAAUGGAAUUGAUUUGAGAGAGCGCUGGGCUUCCGAUGGGCCUAUUGGGUAUCCAGAGACUUAUUUUGGGGUUAUGGCUCCGGACAUGCCGAAUUGGUUUGCCGUCAUGCAGGCACAAACAUAUGGAGUAGGCGGCACCGUCCCUCUCCAAUGCGAAACAUCAGCAACAUACAUCGCCAAAGUAAUCCGCAAGGUCCAAAGCCAGGGAUACCGUGCCAUAUACCCAUCCCACGAAGCCACGAGAGACUUUAACGAGAUAGUAGGCAACUUCUUCGACGACAAAGUUCUAAGUGACACCUGCACCAGCUGGCUGAAAUCAGACAAAGGAAAAUCUCGUAUCUUGGUGUGGUGGCCGGGAACGGGCCAUCAUCGAUUUUCGAUUAGCAGAGAUCCUAGAUGGGAGGAUUUUGUGUUUGAGAGGUCGCUGGAAGCAAGGAGGAAUCGGUUUGAGUAUUUUGGGGAUGGGUAUACGGUGAAGGAAAAGGAGGGAGGGGUGGAAGAUAUCACGAGUUAUUUGAAAGAGAUUGGGAAGGUGGAUUUGGCGACUGUACAUGAGGCUUGGAAUGAAUAA